UCGAUCGAGGCUAUUUUUGUGCUUUGACUUUUGAACUGCAGCUUUAUUUGCAGUAAACAACCUCCAGCUGCUUGCGAAGUAAAUAAUUGGCAGGAGAAACUUGCGAGUGCAAUGCCGCCCAAGUCGCAGCAAGCAUCCUCGCGCUCCGGCAGAACGCCAAAGAAAGGCGACAGCAAGACGCCGAAUGGCUGGCAAAAGGACGCCAGUGGCGAUGCCCUGGUGUGUGACGUGGAUGGGGCUCUUCUCCUGCCCGGAGUGUAUGUUCGAGGCUACUUGCGCCAAGCUGACGGAGACGCCGCACCAAAGUCUGGCCCUAAGCAGGACCACUAUGUGUUCCUGCACACGAAGACUAUGGAGGCCUGCCAGAUGAGUAUCGGUGAUAACGUACUGCUCACUGGCACCGACCAGAAAGUUGUCUGCACGGCUUGGCCAAGCUCCACUCUUCGUCUCGCCGAUGUGUCCGUAUGGAGUCCGUCCAUGAGAAGUUUAUCGCUCUCUGCCCAAGACAUGGUCACUGUCAGUAAAGUGACUGGUGAAGUUCCGCUUGCGCACUCAGUCACGCUCAAGAGCAGUGUUGCUCUUCCGCCAUCCUUCAACGAUGUUUUCAAGCGGUACCUGAUACGUGUUCUCGAUCGCCGUAUGUUCUUCCUGUCUAACUGCAUUGAGGUGAGCUACUGCGGUGAGAACGCUGCCUUCACGGUGUCCGACUGCACUCUAGCGACCGCUGCUGCCAUCGCUGCUCCGACCUCCGCUCCCGCGACGCCCGGAGUGCCAUCGGCUUACGCGUCGUUUGACAGGUCUGCGACUCGCUCAGUCUCGACCACGCCCAUCUCCAUGGCAACGCAGCACUCAACCCCCGUAUCCAUGCCAGCGCAGCACUCAACGCCAGUGGCACGCCAGCCAACGUCCUCCGUCCUCUCAUCGUCAUCGUCGUCGUCGUCGGCAUUGUCCGAGAAACCAGCGGCGGACUCCUCGUCCUUGGCGAUGGGUCUCAGCUCCAUGUCUCUGCAGGAUUCUCCCGUGCAGGCGAGUGCAGGACUCGCAUCCACGCCGUUCCACCCAGGCGGUCCACCGGCGCAGCUUGCAGGGGCUUCCCCGUUUGUCUGGAGCGCCACUGAGACGUCACUUGUGCUUGACGCGCCGGGACAGGUUAGAAAGGGUAUGCCAAAGCAGCUAGCAUUGGAUGUUACGUUUGCGGACAUUGGUGGCCUGAAGCAGCAAAUCGAAGAGCUGACUGAUGCUUUCGUACCGCCAAUGUCGACGGAGAUCGGCACGGUUGUCGGUUAUCCGCGCACCCGCGGUGUCCUCCUGCACGGGCCAGUCAGGUCCGGGAAGACGCUUCUGUUGCGUGCUCUGGUGCGUGAGCUGGCAAUACCCCAUGUCUACGUUAAUGGAGGCAGCCUCACUGAAUCGCCGUCGGAGGACCUGGAACAGCUUCUGAGCGAUGCAUUUGACCAGGCUCUUAAGCAUCCCCGGUGCAUACUGGUGAUCGAAGGCAUCGAUCAGCUGUGUCCGCCCAUCAACACGGAAACGACAGACUCUCUGAAGACCACUCGUAAGACGCUGAUUUCGCUCAUGGACAGCCUUGAACAGUCAUCGUCAAGCUCAUCUGCCGACGGUUCAGUGAUGGUACUGGCGACGGCCGUGAGCGAAGAUGCCGUGUGUCCCAGUAUGCGUGCGGACGGCCGUUUGUCCGAUUGCAUCGAGGUCAUGCCGCCAACAACUGACGAGCGUGUGCAGAUUCUGGAUAUCAUGUUGGGCAAAAUGAAGCACAACCUCACGAAGGAAGACAUUGCCAGGUUGGCUGGUAAAGCGAACGGAUACGUUGGUGGCGAUCUUGUAAAGGUUUUCGAGCAAGCCGGGAAGCAAUGCGGGAAGCGCUUAUUGGCGACACCUUGCGCUACUGCUGACGAUAUGUACAUGACACUGGCCGACAUUGAGCUUGGCAUGCGCAAAGUGAAACCGAGCGCCAUGAUGGGAAUCACUGUGGAAGUUCCCAAGGUCCGCUGGAGUGAUAUUGGUGGCCUGUCAGAGGUCAAGAAAAAACUCAGCCAUGUCGUUGAGUUUCCGCUCAAGUAUCGCAAGAACUUUGAAGAAGCGGGUAGACCGCGACCGCGUGGUGCUCUGAUGUACGGUCCACCAGGGUGCAGUAAGACGAUGAUAGCACGUGCUUUGGCGACAGAGAGUGGUAUGAACUUUAUAGCUGUGAAGGGUCCUGAGCUAUUUAACAAGUACGUCGGUGAAUCGGAACGAUCAGUUAGAGAGGUGUUCAGGCGAGCAAGAGCUGCUUCACCGUCUAUCAUCUUUUUUGACGAGAUUGAUGCACUGGGAGUGAAGCGCGAAGGUGAGAACCAGUCUUCCCGCGUUGGGGACCGUGUGGUCACUCAGCUUCUCACCGAAAUGGACGGUGUGGAGCAGCUGGGCGAAGUCAUUGUUAUCGCGGCUACCAACCGGCCCGAUGCCCUUGAUCAGGCCCUACUAAGACCUGGACGGUUUGGCUCGCUUAUCUAUGUUCCCCUUCCUGAUCCAGAGACGAGGAGGGAGAUCUUCUCGAUUGAGUUCCGUAAGACCAAGGUUACCGAUGAUGUCAGUCUUGAUCAUUUAGUAUCGCGUACGAUUGGCUACUCGGGCGCCGAGAUUGUGCAAGUUGUGACCGAAGCAUUCUUGAGAUCCCUGGAAGAUGGCACUGGGGGCCUGGUCGGCAAGGAGCACAUUGACACAGGGCUGAGCUGCAUCAAACCAAACACUAGCACGGCCCAGAUCAGUAUGUAUGAGCAGUACGCUUCGAAGCGCAGAUAGCUGCUGUCGAUGUGGCCCUCGGUGCCAGUGCAUCGUGCCGUGUACUCCGUCACCCGGCAUGCAAGCAUGCACUGCCUUUUCAGACACAUCUGUGUAUGCCCAGAAGAACCUAUCUGCAUGUUGUUGCGAACUAACCGGUACCAUGGCGACCUUAUUCCAGCCCAAACAUGUGAGCUGGGGACACCAUGCAGUUCUUCAACAGAGUACGUUCCGGCCUAUCUAUUCACUUUGCUCCCCAGCCCAGCAUGGGCAUAGCUAUGUAUGGUGCUCGCCAGCCAAGCAAUGGGUAUAGCUUUAUAUGGUGCUCACCAGCCCAGCAUGGGCAUAGCUAUAUAUGGUGCUCACCAGCCCAGCAUGGGCACAGCUAUAUAUGGUGCUCACCAGCCCAGCAUGGGCCCGGGCAUAGCUAUGUAUGGUGCUCACCAGCCCAGCAUGGGCAUAGCUAUAUAUGGUGCUCUCCAGCCCAUCAUGAGCAUAGCUAUAUAUGGUGCUCUCCAGCCCAUCAUGAGCAUAACUAUGUAUGGUGCUCUCCAGCCCAGCAUGAGCAUAACCAUGUAUGGUGCUCUCCAGCCCAUGCUUAUUGUACCAGAACCUCUUGCUAGAAUAGUGGCUGUUAAAUAGCCCCCACAAGGCUCUGCGAAUCGUCCGUCUUGUGGCGUGUGUUGACCUUCACAUGACUCGUUUCGAAAGAAGCAACAGAGAGACACCUACUGAUUCUAAUGACUGUCACUAUAAUUAUCAGUUCUCAAACAAAAACAAUUUUUGUCAAAUUGAAAAAUCUCACCUGUUAGUGUACUGUGUUGCUCACUACAGUCCGUUCA